AAUCUUGCAAAUAUUUUUCGUCCAAAGUCUAAACCCACUUAUGAGAUCGGGCCGGUUUAAAAAUAUAACCCGGACCACGUUAUCCGGAUUACGGUGGGCGUUAAACGGGUCGGGUCGAUUCGAUAUCAACGGUAUAGUUUGACUUUUCAUUUAUAACCUGUCUAAUACGGCGUCGUACGAAUCAUAAUGACGAAAUCUUUCCAAUUUGCUGUACAGUAAUUAAUUAGUAACAAAUCCUCAAACACUGAUCCACACCGCUGCAGAAAUCGAAGAUCCAUUGUGUUUUCAUUCAAGAAAAAAACCCCCAAAUAAUCAAACCCCUAUUCCCGAGAUCUAAGGCCGGUGAAAUAGGGAAGAAGUGUUAUGAUUGAUAGAAAUGGCGGAUAAUCAUGUGAAAGAAGACGCUCCAGCUGGAGAAGAUGGAGGGCUUUCUCCGAAGGAAUCGUUUAAUGGCGCUGCAGCUGACAGUAGUGGCGAUUCAGUUGAUCAGAUGGAUCCUGCAUCCCUAAGUAACACCAAUCCAGUAGAUUCUUUCCGCAGUGAACCAACUGAGUCAACAAGAGAUGAUAUGUUUGUUGAUUGUCCAGAUGAGAUAGAAAAUUCCGAAUCUCAGCAGAGUUCUGAGGAAAAGCAUACUGUAGAAGAUGACCAAUAUAAUGAAUCAGACAGUGGGAUAAAUGUCCAACAACUGAUGUCUGAGAUCGAAGUGUUGCGUGAUAUGCUCGACAAUACUGUUGCUGAGAAAGAAAAAUCAGCAGUAGAAUACGAGGAAGAAAGAGCAUUUCUUACAAGAGAACUUUCCCAAUUUCGUAACCAAAUAAGGGUUUUAAGUGAAAAAAAUAACAGUGUGGAUGAAAAUGCCAAUGGAGUGGUUGAUCAUAUUCAGACUAUGGAAUCUGGUGCCUCUUUGCACGAGAUAAUGGAUGAUUGCUCUAGAUUCCUUAAGAGUGCUUUGGAUGAACGUUUGCAGACCGAUGAACAAGUUAGAGAACUCCAAUCUGCGGUAUAUAUGAAAGAUCAGGAUAUUGGUUUCCUCAAUGCAAAGGUUGCUCAGGCAAUGGAGUCGAGUAAUAUUGCUCAGUCCGAUUCAAAUUUGAACCAUGUGAAUAUGUCUCGGCAAAUUGAGGUUCUGCUUGAGAAGGAUCAGCAAAUUGAGGAAAUUGUGAACAGGAUAUUAGCUUCAGUUUCCCUGACGCACCACGAGGGAGAUCUGUUGGAUGGAUCACUUACAGAAAAGAUUUCCAGCAUUGAGAAGUCGGUUACGUUUUUAGUCGAGAAGUGUAAUCUUUUCGUUUCUGAUUGUGACCAACUUCGUGGAUUUUUAAACCAGGUUGGGUUGGAUUUUGACACGAUUGAUGGCAAAGGAACUUUUGUUGCGGCACGUGAUAAAAUUCUUGAUAUCAGAAGCAAGGAAGAAAAUCUGUACCAAAAUCUGAGCAAUUUAGAAGAUGAGAACAGGAAAUUGGUCGAACAGUUAGAGCAACAGAAAUCUACAGUUGAAAAUGUUAAUGCAGAAAUUUCAAGACUACGUGUAGAGGUUGAACAAGAGAAAAACAGGUAUGCCAACACGAAAGAGAAGCUUACCAUGGCUGUGACAAAAGGGAAGGCAUUAGUACAGCAGAGAGAUUCACUGAAGCAAUCGUUGGCUGAGAAAACAAGCCAGUUGGAAAAAUAUUCAAUUGAACUGCAAGAGAAGUCUAGUGCUCUCGAUGCUGCAGAAAAUACAAAGGAAUUGAUUGCAGAAAAUACAAAGGAAUUGAUUGCAGAAAAGGACAAGAUAGUUCAGAAAUGUGGAGAAAUAUUAUCCGAGAUUGUGGCAACAAAAGAACUGCAGCCAACUGAUGAUAUCACAGAGAAACUCAGAUGGCUUGUAGACGAGAAUAAAUCACUGAGUGCUAUAUCUCUGCAAUAUAAUAAACUGGCUGAUGCAUUAUCGUUGUUUGAUUUCCCAGAAUCAGUGGCGUCCAGUGAAUUAGAUUUACGUGUCCGUUUUCUUGCAGAGUCAUUUGAUCUGUCCAAGGAAGAAGCUAUUAAGUUACAGUCUGAGAUAGCUAAAACAAAAGAAGCUGCAAAUGGGGAGAUUGACCAUCUCACCGCUUCACUUUUGGCAGAAAUGCAGGAGAGAAGCUAUCUUCAAGCAGAAGUCGAUGACUUACGAAACAAAUACGAAGCUUUAAAAAUUGAGAUCGACCACUUGGGAACAUCACUAUCAGCAGAAUCGCAGGAGAAGAGCUAUCUACAGUUGGAGUUGGAGAGUUUGAGAGACAAAUAUGAAGGAGUUGUUCAAAAGGAACAUCUCGUUUCAUUGGAGAAAGAUAAAAUAGUAAGUUUGUUGAUGGAUGCAUCUGGGCUUGCAAACGAUGGUUCCGAAGAGAUUCGUUCAGUGCACUCUGACAUAACCAUCACCGUUGAUAGUUGCCUCGCAAAGAUUAAAGAAAAUAUGUGUCCUAGUGAACCAUCUCAAGUUCAUGGGGAAAUCUUUGAAAACGUGAAGAGUCUUCUGUAUAUCAAAGAUCAGGAAAUGAGUCUGUAUAAGCUAAUUAUUGAGGAAGAUAUAUUGGAUAGAGUGCAGGUGAGUUAUUUGUCGGGUGAACUUGAAAGAAAGACUGAAGAACUUAAUGCCGUAAAGGAUGAGAAGGCUGUUGUGCAGAGAAGUCUUGCACAGAUGGAGGAUAGAUGUGCUUUACUGAAGGAUAAAUUAUCUAUGGCAGUCAAAAAAGGGAAGGGGCUUGUUCAAGAACGUGAAAAUUUGAAAGGAUCUCUGAAUGAAAAGAACGUUGAAAUUGAUAGGUUGAAGUCUGAGCUGCAGCAAAACUUAGACAGAGAUAAGGAUUGCCAGGAUCAAAUCACUAAAUUGUCAGUUGACGUGGAGCGAAUUCCUCUGUUAGAAACAGAUCUUGUUGCUACAAAAGAACGAGCAGAUCAACUUGAGCAGUUCUUAGCAGAGAGCAAUGGUAUGCUUCAAAGAGUCAUGGAGUCAAUUGACGGCAUCACUACUCCAACUGAUUCAUCUUUCUCAGAGCCCAUAGAAAAGCUUACAUGGAUUGCUGGAUAUCUUAGAGAACAAGAAAUUUUAAGGACAGAGUUGGAACAAGAUCUGAGGGAAGUAAAAGAUGAAGCAAGUUCCUUGGCCAGCAAGUUGUCAGAAGUCGAGGUGACGAUUAAGUCACUCGAAAAUGCCUUAUCAAUUGCGGAAAAUAGCCGAUCUCAACUGUUGGAUGAGAAGAAAGAACUUGAAGUUUCCAAGGCAUAUCUGGAGGAAGAAUUGCAGAAGGAAAACGAGAAAACUUCUUCUCACACAAGCAAUUUUGAAAAGCUUUCUGCUAGCAAAAGUGCACUUGAAGAUGCUCUAUUACAAGCAGAGGAAAAGAUUUCUACGUUCAUGAAUGAACGAGACACAGCUGUAGAAAGUAGGGAUCUUGCCGAAGAGCAGCUACAGAAAUUAAAGGAUGACUUUUCCGACCAUAUUACUAAACUUGCUGAUGCUGACAAAACUAUUCAGUCCCUUGAAGAUGCUUUGUCGCAGGCACAGAAGAAUAUCUCACUACUUUCUGAAGAGAAUAGUAAGGUGCAAAUUGGCAGUGCUGAUUUGGACAGUGAGAUAAAGAAAAUCAGAGAAGAAGCUCAUUCACAUGCUAGCAAGUUUUCUGAAGCCUCCGUAACAAUCAAAUCACUUGAGGAUGCGUUAUUAAAUGCAGAAAAUAACAUGGGAGACCUUGUUGAGGAAAAGAGAAAUGCUGAACAGGAAAUCAUAGCACUUAAAUCUCAGUUGGAAUCGUGCAUGGAAGAGUUAGUUGGAACCCGUGGUAGUAUAGAGACUCGAUUUGUGGAGCUCUCCAGUCAGCUUAACCAUCUUUGGUUACUUCUUAAAGAUGAAGCACUUCCGUUGCUACUUGGAAAAUGUUUUGAAAGAAAGUUUGAGAGCCUAAACGACAUAAAUGUUCUACUCAAAGAAAUGGGGGACUAUUUCCUGGAAAUGGACCCUGAUAUGCUGCAAGACAAUCCGGUCACGGAGGAUGAUUCUUCUCUUCCGACAACUUUACCAUCUAGCCUCGAUAUUGCCCUGAAUUUGGACAUAUUAGACGAUGAGGUGAAUGCAGUUGAUAUUGAGAGCAUCAUGCUUUAUAUUGAAAAGAUGAAUGAAGGGUUUCAUCUAAAAGGCAAGAUAAUGGCUGAUAAAUUUGGUAAGUUAUCCACGCUUAUGGAUGGAUCGAUUGUAUCUCUAUUGAGAAGAUUACACGUGACAAAGGAUAGAGUAAUAAGUAUAACAAAGUACGCAAAAUCUCUCAAACAACAAGUGGAGAACAUCAACACAGAUAAGCAAAGACAAGAAGACACUAUAGCAUCACUCGAAAGUGAGAUCAGAGUUCUACUGUCUGCAUGUUCUGAUGCCACUAAGCAAUUGGAGUUGAAUGCACAAAAUAAUCUAUCGGAGGUGAGAUUUAUCCAGGAUUAUGUGAAACUAGAUGGCAGAAUGUCCAUGGAUUUGGAAACAAAUGGUGACGAUGCAGCUGCAGCACUUGAUACCGACCAUUUGAAAACGGCUGAAAAGUUGUUACUUGCUACAAGACAGAAUCAAGAUCUUGUCAAAUUGUUUAAAGAUGCAAUGAAUAAGGUGACAAAUAUGACAGAAGAUACGCGGAAUCAAAUGAAAGCAAUUCAGCUAACCUGUGAUGAAGUCUCGGAAGAAAGAGAUUUGUACAAAGACAAAAUCUCGAUGUUGGAGACUGAUCUGAGAGAACAGCAAAACUUGAGCCGUGAUAUGACAAUUAAACUCGAGGAUUACGAGGAAAAAGAAGAUGAAUUGAGGAAAAGAGAGGCGGAGCUGUUAACUUCAUUAUCGAAAGUUCAUGAACUGGAAGAUCCUCUCUUAUCAGCAUCUCAAGUAAAAUACAUAUUGGAAAAGAUGAAUGAGGUUGAAGUUCCUGAUGUUGCGCUCGCAGUCGGAGAUUCACAUGAUUCAGCCGAUGUAAGAAAGCUGUUCUAUGUAAUAGAUAGCUACAAUGGAUUUCUGCAGAGGGUGAGCUCACUAUCUCUUGAAAACGAAGAACUGCAAUCAAUUGCCGACAAUCAGAUUCUCGAAAUUGAACAUCUGCAAAAGCAACUUGAAGAUCUCGUUGGGAACGAGAAAGACUCUGAAAAGUUAGACAAGUUGUUAGAGCUUGAGUCGGGUUUGCAGAAUAUUGUUCGCAAACUACGUGGCAGUGAUGAGACGGAUGUUGAUCUAAAAGCAGAUAGGUCAAUGGGGCUAAUGCAAUUGCUUGACAAAUUGGUUAUGACCACAGUUGUGGAAUCUGAGAGUUUGAAAUCCAAAAACGAAGAACUUGGUGCCAAAUUGUUUGGUGCCCAAAAGGUUGUUGAUGACUUGUCGAACAAGGUUAAAUUCCUAGAAGAUUCUAAUCAAACGAGAAAUGUUCCACUAGAGAUAGUAGAGCAGGGAAGAGGAACCUCCAUAACUUCGUCUCCUCAGUCAGAGAUAUCAGAAGUGCAAGAUAUGGAAGCAAUUGGUAAGAGCAAUAAUGCUCCUCAUGUUCUAUCUGCUGCCCACAUACGUACAAUGAGGAAGGGUUCGAGCGAUCACCUUGCUAUCAAUAUCGAUUCUGAUUCUGAACGUUUGAUAAAUAAUAAGGAAACUGACGAAGAUAAAGGUCGCAUUUUCAAGUCACUGAAUACAUCUGGUUUGGUUCCUAGGCAAGGGAAAUCAGUUGCUGAUCGAAUCGAUGGAUAUUGGGUAACUGGCAGUCGAGCUUUGAUGAAUCAUCCGAGGGGGAGGCUAGGCCUCAUUGCCUAUUGGCUCGUUUUGCAUAUGUGGUUGUUGGGCACUAUUUUGUAACCCAUGUGACAAUACAAUAGAAAUAGUCGAUAGAUUAUCAUUCUUUCUUUCUUUUUUUUUUUCUUCUUUCACAUACUACACAAUUUGCAUGAGAUGUAAAUGUUUAUAUCACUCCCCAAUUUGAUUCUCUGCAAUCAAAUAUUAGGGAUUCAGAGAAUUUAGGACCAGAUAUCGUUCUCAUGUUCGGAAUUUGGCGUUGUCCUUAAAAAAUAAAUAUUUGAUUGAUUUUGCCCGAA